AUGGCAAAUUUGCUAAACAUGUUCUUUUCAAUAAUGCUUAUCGAAGUAUCUCUUUUAGCAUUGUUGAUGGGAAGUUCUAAAGCAACUCAUCGCUUUAUUGAUAUUAAGGAUCAUAUUGAUCACCAAGUUUCCUUACAAACGAGGAGUGUUCAUCGCAUUGCAAGAUUGAGUCCAGAAGGACCUAAUCCACACCACGACAAUUCCUUACAGCCAAAAAGUGAUCAUCACAUUGCAAAAUUGAGUCCAGGAGGUCCAGAUUCACACCACCAUGAUUUCUUGCAAACUAGAAAUGUUCAUGAAAUUGCAAGAUUGAGUCCAGGAGGUCCUAAUCCACACCAUGACAAUUCCUUAAAUCCAACGAGGGUCGAUCACAUUGCAAAAUUGAGUCCAGGAGGUCCCGAUCCACAUCACCAUCUUUCCUUACAAACGAGGAAUGUUCAUCACAUUGCAAGAUUGAGUCCAGAAGGUCCUGAUCCACACCACCAUGUUUCCUUACAAACGGGGAAUGUUCAUCGCAUUGAAAGAUUGAGUCCAGGAGGUCCAGAUUCACACCACCAUGAUUUCUUGAAAACUAGUAAUGUUCAUGGAAUUGCAAGAUUGAGUCCAGGCGGUCCUAAUCCACACCACGACAAUUCCUUACAUCCAACGAGUGUCCAUCUCACCGCAAAAUUAAGUCUAAGAGGUCAUAAUCCAAACUACCCGAAUUCCUUUCAACCUUAG